AUGUCUUCCACCUUCCUUCUACGGAUGAUGGCCGGAGACGAUUCCGACAGUCUGGUCCGCCGACUAGCCAGUGAUAUGACAAAGGAUAUCGACCCUCUACCAAGUGGUCUACGACGAGGUCUGAUCCCAGUCGCAAUCAUGGCUCUACUUUCAUUCAUCGCCUCAACAUCUCUGCUACUAUUCUUGAUCUACCGUCUGAUCUUCUGGCGUAGAAGCUACAAACACUACAUCGGUUACAACCAGUAUAUUGUCUUGAUUUUCAACUUGAUUUUGGCAGAUGUCCAACAAUCUCUCGCCUUCAUUAUCUGUUUUAAAUGGAUUGCUACCGACAAGAUGAAGUCUGGCACAGCGGCAUGCUUUCUCCAAGGUCUAUGGCUCCAGAUCGGAGAUCCGGGAAGUGGUCUUUUUGUGCUUGCCAUUGCCUUCCACACCUUUUUGCUAGUCGUGUGGGGUCAGAAAAUGUCAUACACAGUUUUCAAUAUUUUCGUAAUUGGCGUGUGGGGCAUCAUUGCUCUCAUCGUGAUUAUUCCACUGGCCCUACACGGUGGCAACAUCUACGUCCCCUCUGGUGCUUGGUGCUGGAUCGGUGAAGAAUUCGAAACCCUUCGUCUCUGGACUCACUACAUCUGGAUUUUCCUCGCCGAAUUCGGCACUAUGUCACUGUAUGCUGUUAUGUUCCUUCAACUCAGGAGACAAAUUGCCAAAUCUACAAUUCUUGGAAACUCUCAGCUCGAAAGUCUGCACCGCUUGCGACGUGUCGUUGGAUACAUGACCAUCUAUCCUAUUGUAUACAUUGUCCUUUCUCUCCCUCUCGCUGCAGGUCGUAUGGCAACGGCAAAUGGCAAAGUUCCUUCAGACGCCUUCUUCUGCGGUGCUGGUAAGAUAUACGGAUUCCGAUACACUAUUUUCCUUACAAAAAUGCUGAUUGGUUUUCUAGGUACCCUCAUGACCAGUUCCGGUCUUAUUGAUGUCGUUCUUUACACCCUAACCCGCAAACACCUCCUGACCGACUCUGAAGAACCCAGUCAAAAUCGUUCCUACAACAGGAAAUUCAGCAAAGGACGCGCAGAUCAAAUAUUGACCACCAUUACGGCUGAGCCCAACCAACAGCAGACAGCUAUCGACGAAACUGACCGUGACGGUUCAACAGACAACAUCGUCCCUUCCGAUAUUGAAAUGGCCCCCAUAGGCAAGGUGUACCAAGAGACUACCAUCGAAAUCACCCACGAGCCUGCUGGAUACCCAGAUGAAGUUUCCAGCGAAUGCUCUAGCAAAGACGACAACUCCCCUGAACCUCGCCGUGAAGACUUUGCCAAGAAGUGGAGAUAA